UAGCCUGGCACUUUUAGAUGCCCAACUCAACUCUCCUUUUCCCAAGAGGUGACCCCUCAAUACACAUCAGAAAAGAUUGAACAUCAAACUAUGGUAACCUUUCUUAAUUAUUGGAGAAGACAAGGGGAAGGGGAAACUUCUAUUUCUCUCUCUCUCAUGCGUCUUGCCCAGCAGAACUGUCCCAUUGCAAAAUUGGCAAAUGAACGUGUGCAGAGAGAACAAAACCAUAAGUAACCCGGCAAUCCCCCAUGUAGAGCCCCUACCUUCUUCCCUGCAAUAAAAGCGUCAAAUAUCCUUCUUUCUCUACCAUAUUGUUGUACUCAGACUAAGUUUAGCUGCUGUUGAAGAUGCCAAGGCCGGGCCCUAGACCUUAUGAGUGCGUUAAGAGAGCUUGGCACAGCGAUAGACACCAACCCAUGAGAGGAUCCAUUAUUCAACAGAUUUUCAGGGUCGUCAGUGAGUCUCACAGUGCUGCAACUAAAAAGAACAAAGAAUGGCAAGAGAAGCUCCCUAUUGUUGUUCUGAAAGCAGAGGAAAUCAUGUAUUCCAAAGCAAAUUCUGAGGCCGAGUACAUGAAUCCUGAAACGCUAUGGGACAGAGUAAAUGAUGCCAUUAACACAAUCAUUCGGAGAGACGAGAACACGGAAACCGGCGAGCUUUUGCCUCCAUGUGUUGAAGCUGCCCUUAAUCUGGGUUGCUGUCCGGUGAGGGCUUCGAGAAGCCAACGGCACAGUAACCCCAGGAGUUAUCUCACCCCGAGAGUACAAGAACCCACUUCUGCACCUGCUCGAAUUUUGGAUAAAACUACUCACGAACAACAACGCCCUCAAUUGUCACCAGUGCACGCCGUCAAUCAGUUAGACUUUGCAAGAGCCAAUACAGUGAAUCCUGCUCGUUUGGUUUCAGAAUCUAGAGGUCAUGUGAACUUAAAUACUAGCCUCACCGUCGGCCGCAAUUACCCUCUCUCGCUAGAGAAUGGUCUUGCCGGCCGGAACCAGUUGAUGACAGUGGAAAGGAGCACUCCACUAAACUUGGGUACAGUGUAUCCGUUGUAUUAUGGAACUCAGUAUCAAACAGCAGGCUCCCGGAUCCCAGAAGAGCCACAUUCUAAAACUGUAUACGUUGGCAAACCAGUCAUUACUGCAACUGGUGAGCCUGCUGAAAUGGGUGUCGUGCAGAACCUUUUCUCCUGUAAGAACACUGAAAAUGCUUUGAAUAGAUUCACCCAAGCCGAUGUUUUGGACUUCCAGGAGAAGCCACAGGAGAGGGAAUGUGAUUUGUCCUUGAGGUUGGGCUUAUUUUCGCACUCAUGUAUCAGAAUCGAAAAGAGUUCGGCUUGCGAAAGGGAUGACGGUUCAACCAGUUGUCAAGAUGGUGGCAAGUUCACUGAUUUGUCUCCACAGACAAAUAUGGAGUUCUGUUUUUUCCCUAGGAAGGCUGCACAUGAACCCUUUGAGUCCAGCUCAAGAAAGCGGAAUCCAGAGGGUGAAGGUCAGAAUUUGGAGGUAACAAGAAGGAACUGGAAGGCACCCUUUGGUUACAAUGAUGAGGAUGGGUAAUUUUGCUCGCAAAUAGAGUCCAUCUAACUAGUUUUAUAGACAAUCUUUCACCUUUUUGAGUGUAUAUGCUUUGGAAUCCAAGAUGCCGUUAAAUAUGUUGUUGAAUCCUUUUCUCUGA